AUGGAGUUCAACUUUUCUCCAUUUAUGCUACAAGGAACCAAAUGCCAUUUUGAAUAUGAGCAGUCAUCUACCAUUUCUGAUGCUGGGUACUAUAGUGCCUGUGGCAGUCUUUCUCCAAGUACCUCCAUUGACUCUGGAUGCUUUUCUCCUCCUGUGGGCUGGCGGGGAACUGGAAGACAGCCAGAGGUGGCAGGAAAAACUGACAUUGACAGCCAACCUGCCAAGAAACCCAGAAUAGUUCUGCCUGCUGAAGAAAAGAGGCGUUCCAGAUCCAAAAACCCUGGAAUGAAGCGCCAGACGGCCAGCGAUAGAGAGAAGCUCAGGAUGAGGGACCUGACCAAAGCUCUCCAUAAUCUCCAAACCUAUUUGCCUCCUUCUGUAGCACCUCCUGGACAAACCCUGACCAAGAUCGAGACCCUUCGACUCACCAUUAGCUACAUCUCCUAUCUGUCAGCUCAGCUUGGGCACAAUGAGGAGCUCUACAACCAUGAAACAACUACAAAUUGCUGUAACUCACAAGAUCAAUCAGAAAGGCUUCAAAGUGGGACUUUACCAGGAACCUGGUGUCUGGAUGGGCCACAAGGACUUUUGCAGGAUGGUGCCCAGUGCUGUCCAACAUUCACUGCCUUCACAGAUUCAGUACAGCAAACGGAAAUAAACUUUCCAUCUACCUCAUACUCCAGAGAUGCACAGUCCUUUAUGUUUAAUAUUGGAUAG